ACGGGGCGCUCUAGUCUAAAAAGUAUUCCAAGUGGGUGAGCAGGGAGCAGACCGCCCUGCCUUGUCAGAGCUCCACGCCACAUACCGGGAGCCUGCGAGUUACACCGAAUCCACGCGUCUCACUCCCACCAGCCGUGCCGAGGAGGCUCACGUCAACGGCGGUACAUUGUACUCUCAGGACGGCUCACUGACGACCACCAAGCUCGAGAUUAUGGGGUGUAGGCUCCCUAAAUUGCGCAAAGCCGAAGAGACGCAAAGCCCAGGCAACAUCUACUCUACCCUGCGAAGGCCUCAGGUGGAGACCAAAGUAGGAGUCUCCUACACGUACCAUUUCCUGGAUUUUCUAUUGGGUAAAGAAGAGGUGCCAGUGUCGUCGGUGCUCUGCCUCUCUUCGGUCCGAGAACUUCCCGUCCAGGUCAGAGAGCUCUGCUCGCAGGGUUUCGUCCUGGUCUCCGUCCACCCGUUUGUGCACCCCUGCGGUCCUCAUCAUGCCCACAUCCAGCGGCAGCUCCACCGGGCCGUGCUGGUGCGAGAAACACCAAGUUGGGAGAAAGGCCAGGAAAAGAGAUCGUGGAGACAUCGUCUGGAGACAGACGUGUGUGCGGCCGGUCAUCAGGCAGCUGAUCCGGACGUGAUUCAGAGUUACGUGAAGAGGAUCCAGGAUGUAGCAGAGCAAGGGGUGAUGUUCGUGGGCUUUCUCCAACAGCCAGGAGGGGCGCCCUGCUUCAUGGCUAACUGGGAGUCCGAUGAGUUGUCGUCCUUGCACUCCAGCCCCUCCCCCAUACACCGACACCCCCUCAGUGUUAAAUCCAGUCCAACAGAUCCUUCGGAACCACGCCACAAUGACUCUGGCGGCCUCCCCUUUGAACCCGCAGAGUUAAAUCGUGACAGUGUCGAACACACGAGACGGGCUCACAAGGCUUCGCUGAGUUCAGAGGCAAACUUCCCUGCCCGGCCUUCAGAACUCAACCCGGAGGGAUCAAAUGAGCGGAUUCAGAUCUCACAGACCCCCCUCGCGGAGUCACUUGAAGCAACAACCCAACCAUUAUAUCAACGACGUGAAAGUCAGAACCCGGCCGAGGCUCAAGAGAGGCAGCCGAGUCCCGGAGCUCCACAAAGUACGGGGACAAACAGACAAGAGGAGCUUAGCCCACCAGAACUCAGAGAAUCCCCGGAGAGGCAUUCCAAACUUCCAAAUCGGCGAGACCGAAAAGGAUCAGCCCCGGACCUUACUUGGAUCUGCAUGAAAAAGGAGACAGGAAAGGAUGAUGAUCCUUCAGCACCAGCACAGGCUCGGCUGCAGCUGUUUGCCUUAUACAACUCAACGGGAGAACUCGACACGUCUUUGAGGUUCUAUUCGCUCAGAGUGCCCUUGCGAAUUCAAAAGGAGGCGGGGCUUGUUACAGAAGUCGAUGGUGAUUGGCUCGACCACAUGACUCAGCAUUUUACCAACGGAGCACAACUCAUUGACGGCUUUUUCCACCUCAGAGAUGAUAACGAUAAUGGGGUUUCAUCUGUAGACAGUGUGUUCAUUUUCCACAACUCUACAGAGGAGACCACAAGCACCUCCUACGACGCCAUCGUGGUCGAGCAGUGGACUGUCAUUAAUGGUGUGGUGGUGAAGGCGGACUACAUUCCGUUACUGCAGUCUCUGGCUCCUUAUGGUUGGAAGCUCAUGUGUGUGUUACCCACACCCAUUGUCAAGACCAACAGUGACGGGAGUUUGUCGACUAAGCAAAUCCUCUUCCUUCAGAGACCUCUUUUACAGCGCAAGAGAAAAGACUUCAAGAUGCUGAACCUCCGAGGUCGCCACAAAACAAAAAAACACUCAUGCGGAGAGAUGCUUGAGGAGGGCGAGGACAGGUCCCUUGUCAUGGAGACCGAGAUGGGCAAGUUGAGACACAUAAAAGAGGAGGACGUUGAGGGGAGGAGGAGCUGGGCCAGAGGAAGGACGGAAGGAUGGAGCGAGGAGGAGGCCGAAGAGGAGGCACAUCAAAAGGACCUCUCGUUCCUCUCGGGAAGCCUGGUGUCUGUUGAAGACCAGGAAGAGGAGACGGAUGUUGACGGUAUGCUAACCUCCGAGCGGGAAAAGGCGGUGACAUGGACAGAUGUGUGUCACAGAGGAGUCAAAGAGAAGGUAACGACGGACGAGCACAUCAAACGUCAACUCUUUUCCGGUGUCUGUUGACGUUUUGGGCACAAAGGGGAACCGAAAAAGGAUUUGGAUUGACCCUCAAAAAUUCGGAAUGCCUUGUGGUUUUGCAUAGGGCCGUGUAUUUGGUAUCUGGGCCUUUCGUGGGGAUUCACCCAACUUAAUCCACCUCUAUCACGACGCAAUUAUAGAAACCAUCCAUACUGUACAAAAAUCGAAACAGAACAGCACGCACCUGUAGUAUGAACAUCAUCUGGAGCAGUUCAUACUCAAUGUAUCAAAUGAAAUGUUAAAAAUCAUAAUCACCAUAUAGCGCGGGAGGGGCAAUUUAUGCCAGAUGCACAAAUCUGUCAAAAAAUCUGGAAAAUUGAAACGAUGAAAAACAGUUUCACGCUAUGCUACCAUUCUUUCAACUACUUUUCGGCAGUUAUCUUCAAAUAUGUGUCAUUUAUCUAGAAACAAAUGUAUGACUUCACUUUACAGGGUCUAUAAAUUACAUCGUCCGGCAGAUUAGAUCGUCAUGGCAGCGCAUAGAGGCUUAAAUCUGAUUGGACAAAAAAAAAAACAAAUUACACAUCAACAUGUACUGGAAGCAGUGCAGCCAAGAGAAACGCUACAUAAUUAAGAGAAUAGACAGUUGGGAAUCAAUGAAUACAAUUUCAAGGAACAAACAAACAGACCUUAGGUUGUAAAUGUAGGCCAGUGAAAAUGUGGGAUCAUGCGAUAAUGGCCUCGACUGCUCACCACUGGUAUCUGUACAUCGAACAGCGACCACUUCAUUAGGUACAACUAGACAAUCCAUUGGCAUCCAAUCUACCUUUACAUACGUUAAUCUAGCAACAGUAUCUAUUUUACAACUAGAAUAAUGCUCAAAUUGGAUUGACACGAUCAGCGAGGUAUUGAUUAAAUUAAUCAGUAUUAAUAUGACCACAGUGUGUCCCACUGUGCUUUAAGUUUUAUAUUUUCGAAUGCAUUCUGGUAUGCACGUCUUAGUGGAAAGGUUGUGGUAUUACAGCUUCAUCACUCCUCCAAAACACACAAUAUAUCGUUGAAACUUGAUGAAGGAAAUAUAGUUAAAUAACUUCAAUGUUAUACAUACACAAAAAGUUCAACUGCAGCAGGCACAUUUUAACACCAAUGUAUGCCAGUAAAAAGAAUGUAACAAUUUCUCAUGUUUGUUGUGGUGUUGAACUGCACUACUCUGUUUUAACUGUCAUGUACUGUAAGAUGAUGCAGUGCGGUUCUACAUCACUGUAAACCUCUACCACAAUAAUAAACAGUUAAUAGCGUUGAAAAUCUAUUUAACUCUUCUUUGACAGUAUCAAUCAAAAAUGAGCAUUAUCUUUGGAGUCAGAAUCUUUGAUUCCACUAUUGUAUUGGAUGUCAUAUGAAUAUACAGGUGUCCCUAAUGUUGUGACGGGUUUAUUUGCAAAAAAGCAUCCAUCUCCUCCACUUCGGGAAUGUAGAUGAAGCUGAGGUUUGAGCUCCUUGAAAUAGGAAUCAGUGUUGUGCACUUUGCUGCUUUUUGGGUCACCGUUGCUAAUUGAUGUGCUUGUAUGAAGUGAGACAAACAAAGCCUAACUGUCCGAGCUUUUUCGUCCACUUAAAAGUGUUCUGUUGCCUUGUUUGCUACUUUACUCCUGUUAAGACUGUUUCAUAUGGAAAUGAUGCCACUAGGAUUGUUGUAUGUAAAUUAGUCCGUAUGCUAUUGUAUUAUUAUGGUGUCCCGUUUGUAAAGCGGCUGAUGCUAAAAAUGAAAAUAACAUUUUGUCACAUUUUGCUUCAAACAAUGUUUAAAAUUUGGAAUUCCUGAGACACUUUUUUUUGCACAUUUACAACAAUAUUUGUCAACCUAAGAGCUAUAUUUGUUAAAUCCAAAGGUGAACUGUUAUACCUAAAUGUGAAAUCUGAAUUUAUAUUGUUAAAUGUUAAAUCUAAUUAUUAGAUAUUAAUCUAAAUAUUGAAUUACUGCACAUUCUAAAUGAUGGAAAGGGUCUCUUGGACAUAGAUUAUGGUGACAGUAACUAACUAAAACAACAAACUUAUUUGGAGAACAUUUAUUUCAAAGUGAACCCAGCCCAAGACCCACACCUUUCAUAAAAGUGACACUAAAAACUCAACGCACUCAUCAAAAAGUUUCUCCAAACGGAUUCAUUCUAGGUAGUAGGUAGUUAUUAUUAAUUUGAUCCAAAACAUUUAGAUUCAACAUUCCUUUUUAAAGUUAACAUUUAGAUUUAAUGCUUGCAUUUAGUUAACAUAUCAACAGAUUUAACAGUUAGGUUUAGAAUUUAAUAUUUCAAUGUUAACCAUUUAAUAUAACUGACAAAUAUUGUUAUAAAUGUGUAAAACAAAAAAACAAAAAAAGUGACUUGAAAAUUAUUGCUGUUAUUUUCAGCAUUAGCUGCUUUACAAACCAUACACCAUUUAUUAUUAAACAUUAGGAUCAUGUUACCCAAAUUAAAAGAAGUAGUGUAUUGUGGUCUACUUGUGCACAUUGUUUUACAUCCCAGUGUAGGGGAUUUAUUUUUAUCACAGCAUUUAAUUAUGAGGUUUUAAGAAUUUGACAGCUAGCAUGCAUAUUUUUCCUCGAGUGUGUGAUUUUCGGGUACAUAUUGUUUGGCAUGCUACUAGGUGCCAAAGAAAGUUCAACUGUUCAGUGAUUUCUAGAAAUUUAGUUCCAUACCGUCAGCCCAGAAAAAAAAAACAACAUUUCAUUGCACCAGCAGGGAGGCUUUCAAUAAGUCAUAUAUGUGUCCAUUUACAUAAUUAGUUACCAUGAGGUAAGAAGACAUUUACUAGACAAGCUGCUUCAGUAGACUUAUGGAAUGCAAUGAACUGCAUCAAAAUUUGCUUACAAUAGCUCUCAUUCAAUUGUGAAAGUGUACCUGUUAUUGUGGCAGAUGAGUGUAUUUGGUUAAAUUGACUCUGUAAAAUAGGAAUUGUGUACAGUGCUAUUUAUUUCUUUGUUUCUUCACCACGUGUUGUGUGUAACAUGUAAGCAUUUACAUAAAACCCAAAGUAAAUUAAGCAUUUCACGCA